UUUGACAGUGGUUCAAUUAAUUUAAGAAUAUAUUUCCUGACAAUGAAAUUGUAGCUAAUAACAUACAAGUUUCAAUGGAAUGUUGUCAAAGGUUCGUGCUCAAAUGUAAUGCUUAAAUGUCAGCUUAUCUUAGCGUAAACAGCUAGCUCCAACCUAUCCCAUUACGCCACGUCAUCACCUUACCCCACACCCAAACCUUCUCUUUAUAUAUUAAUCCAAGUUGAAAAUUUUACACAGUUUUAGAGAGAGAGAGAGAUCAUAUCUAGAUUCUAGAGAGAGAGAGAGAGAGAGAGAGAGAGAGAGAUGGAGGGACUAAUUCCAUUUGUGUACAAAGCAAUAGUGCAAUACAAAAACGGAGGACGAGGGACAUGGCUAAACGAAUCACCAUCAGCUUCUUACAUGAGGAUUCCGGCUGGUGACUCUGGCCGGUUUUCAACUUCCGAUAUCCAGCUUUCCCGCCCAGAUUAUUGUGCCUUCUCCGCCUCUUCACCGCCUCGCUCCGCCGCCACCAGGGUUCUUUCCGGCCGGGCAGCGCAAUCCGGUCAAUUCUUUUAGGGCUGUCAGGUGAUCAUAUCGGCUGCCACGAUGAUGUCACACCAAGUAUUUUAAUUA